GUCUCGUACUGCCAUGACUCUCCCCGGCACCCUCUCAAGCAAUGCUCAUACUGCACCCCCUCAGUCGUUGUGAUGUUUGUCUCGACGAAUAUUCGUUCGCUUCGCCGCAGCAGACUCCCCAUGCAAUAUCCUGCGGCCAUGUCUUCUGCCAUCCAUGUCUAAGCAGGCUCAAUCCCAGCAUAUGCCCGUUAUGCAGGAAGG